AGGGCCCGCGCAGGAUGCCCCCGGCCCCCGGCAGCCCCCCGGGAGGCCCUGAGCUCGACGCGCCCCCUCUACGCCAUGUCCCCCCCUGGCUCGGCCGCGGGAGAGAGCGCCGGCGGCGGCGGCGGCGGUGGCGGCCCCGGGGUCCCGGAGGAGCUCACGGCAGCGGCGGCGGCGGACGAGGGCCCCGCCCGAGAGGAGCAGCGUCCCAUCCAGCCCUCUUUCACCAAGUCCCUCUGCCGGGAGUCCCACUGGAAGUGCCUGCUGCUCUCCCUGCUCAUGUACGGCUGCCUGGGGGCCGUGGCCUGGUGCCACGUCACCACGGUGACCCGCCUCACCUUCAGCAGCGCCUAUCAGGGCAACAGCCUCAUGUACCAUGACAGCCCCUGCUCCAACGGCUAUGUCUACAUCCCCCUGGCCUUCCUGCUCAUGCUGUACGCUGUCUACCUGGUGGAGUGCUGGCACUGCCAAGCCCGCCAUGAGCUGCAGCACCGUGUUGAUGUAAGCAGUGUCCGGGAGCGUGUGGGCCGCAUGCAGCAGGCCACACCCUGCAUCUGGUGGAAGGCCAUCAGCUACCACUAUGUCCGCCGCACCCGCCAAGUCACUCGAUACCGCAACGGAGAUGCCUACACCACCACCCAGGUCUAUCACGAGCGCGUCAACACGCACGUGGCGGAGGCCGAGUUCGACUACGCGCGCUGCGGGGUCCGCGACGUCUCCAAGGCGCUGGUGGGGCUGGAGGGCGCGCCGGCCACGCGGCUGCGCUUCACCAAGUGCUUCAGCUUCGCCAGCGUGGAGGCCGAGAACGCCUACCUGUGCCAGCGCGCGCGCUUCUUCGCCGAGAACGAGGGCCUGGAUGACUACAUGGAGGCGCGCGAGGGCAUGCACCUCAAGAACGUGGACUUCCGCGAGUUCAUGGUGGCCUUCCCGGACCCGGCGCGGCCGCCCUGGUACGCCUGCUCCUCGGCCUUCUGGGCGGCGGCGCUGCUGACGCUGUCGUGGCCGCUGCGCGUGCUGGCGGAGUACCGCACGGCCUACGCGCACUACCACGUGGAGAAGCUCUUCGGCCUGGAGGGCCCGGGCUCCGCCAGCAGCGCGGGCGGCGGCCUGAGCCCCAGCGACGAGCUGCUGCCCCCGCUCACCCACCGCCUGCCGCGGGUCAACACGGUGGACAGCACGGAGCUGGAGUGGCACAUCCGCUCCAACCAGCAGCUCGUGCCCAGCUACUCGGAGGCGGUGCUCAUGGACCUGGCGGGGCUGGCGGCGCGCGGCGCCGGGGGCGCGGCCGGCGGCUACGCGUCCUCCUGCCGCUACGGCGGGGUGGGCGGCCCGGGCGCGGCGGGCGUGGCCCCCUACCGGCGCAGCUGCGAGCACUGCCAGCGCGCCGUCAGCAGCUCGUCCAUCUUCUCGCGCAGCGCCCUGAGCAUCUGCGCCAGCCCGCGGGCCGGCCCGGGGCCCGGCGGAGGCCCGGGCUGCGGGGGCAGCCGCUUCUCGCUCGGGCGCCUCUACGGUUCGCGGCGCAGCUGCCUGUGGCGCAGCCGGAGCGGGAGCGUCAACGAGGCGAGCUGCCCCACCGAGCAGACGCGGCUGUCCAGCCAGGCCAGCAUGGGGGACGACGAGGACGACGAGGAGGAGGCCGGGCCGCCGCCGCCCUACCACGACGCCCUCUACUUUCCGGUACUCAUCGUGCACCGGCAGGAGGGGUGCCUGGGCCACAGCCACCGGCCGCUGCACCGCCACGGCUCCUGCGUGGAGACCUCACUGUGACCAAUGGCUCUCGACAAGCCCGCUGGCCUCCCUGCUGCCCCUUGCCGGACUGUGUCUCGAUGAUGACAGGCUGUGCUGAGCACGGAGCGGGUGGAGGGAGGCAAGGGUGAGCGGGACAGACCCCAUGGGGCUGAGACCCCCGCCUUCCCUGUACAUAACGAGAAAGAUGGGUGGGAGGGGUCGGCAGAGAAUUCCACUGGGGCGGAGUCGGCUCCUUCCAGCCCCGCCCCCGAGUUCCUAAGGGGACCCCUUCCUCCCUACACGCACACUCCAGGUUCCCACCCAGCCUUCUGACUGUUAGGUGGCGGCUGUGCUGUGGGACCCGCAUUGGGCCUCGUCUUAAGUGAGAGGCUGGGGAGGUUCAGAGGCGGCGGGGAAGGGAAAUUGGGGCUCUCCCUCUUUCACUGCCUGGCUCCCCAGCCCCACUCUCUACCAAGGGGCCGUGGUCUGGUGAACAGCCCGGCUGGCUUCCAACCAGCUAAUGAAUUCAGUGGGUCUGAGGCUGGGCCCGGUGUCAGCCCCCAUCUCAAAACCUUGGACACGUUGCUACCCUCCUCCUGGCGUGUGCCCCAGAGACCGGGGUUUCCUUUCUGCCACUCCCAUCUCUGUUGUUUAUCUCACUGGGCCCCUGGAGUUUGGGUCCCAGGGAGACCGCACCCCACACAGAUGCCCCUCCCGUCCCUCCCCUCUUGCUCCCUGGCACUGAGAGCUGCUGCCAGGGGGCCAAGGGCAGGACAGUGUACCUCGGUCCUUCCUGAGGCCUCUGGGCAGCAGCCGCCUCCCCUGGCUUCUGGAAGGGCACUCCCUGCAGAGGGAGUGAGAUCCCAGCCACGCAGCAUUCCGUAAAGCUGGCCAAGGUGCAUGGCUGAGCGGGGAGAUUGGGAGAGAGACCUGAGUGACGGGCGCUCUGGAAGCAGAUGGGAGUCAGAGGAGAGGGCAGUGGAGGGCGGAGUGAAAGGGGUGGCCCACACAUUGCCCCUGCAGGGCUGAGGACAUUGUCACAAGUCCCAGUUGGAGAAACACUCAAUUCCCGUGGCAGGUCAGAGCCAGGAAUUCUCUAAAUCUUGCCCGACCCCUCCCCCCUCCCCUAUCCGGUGAGCUGAAGCAGCCCUGUUGUGUCCCAGGUUCUUCAAAGGGGCGUCCUGCCAUCACCACCACAGGGCCCUGGCCCCACAUCUGGUUCCCCCAGAGCUCUGAUGUCGCCUUCACUCCCUACACUCUCACCCUAUGUGCUUCUGUGUGCAUGUCGGUGUGCAAUCCUCCCACCCCCACCCUCCCAACUCUCCAGGCUAAAGUUUUCACAGCCGACUUAGAGCCUAGGGGUGGAGCUCAUAUUUCAAGCUGGAGAGGAUAGCCCUUGGGCCGCCUGGCAUUGCUCAGCCCUGAUGCUUCUCACUUCUCCGGGGCCAUCCAUCAGAGCUUCCUCCUCCCUCCAGCCAGGCCGGCCUGCAGCCUCCAAGGCGUGGCCUGCACCUAUGCAACAUCUCUGGCUCCCCUGCCCUCCUUUUCCGGGGGGAGCUUGGGAGGCACAGACUGUGGGGCCACCACACUCUGUGGCCCAUGCGGUUGGGCUUUAUUUUCCCGUGGAGAUGGCUGAAUGGGAAGGGAGAGGGGGCCGAAGGGGAGGCUUGGGCAGGAGGGAACAGCUGCCAUUAUAAUUCCCUGGGCAGCCGUGCCUGCCUGCCUGCCUGCCAGCACUGAACCCGCCUGGACCCUGAGUCUGUGCUCCUCGGGGGCCUGGCGGUCGGAGCACCCCUUUUUCCUCUGAGCAGACAUCUGUGAGGUACAGAUGGUGAGCUGUGGCCUCAGGCCCCAGUCCUUGGCCAGCUGGCAUGUCUUGCCCUUGUGUGGCGGCAGCCCGGCCCGCUCCUGGCUCCAAGGAGGGAGGAACUCAGCUCCGCCUCCCUCGGGCUCGGGCUCAUUUCUGAGACAGAGUCAACGCUGGGAGGAGGUGAAGGGAGGCCCUAUUACUACUUUUGCCUGGACUGACCAUUUCUGCCCAGGUCUCACACAGACAGCCUCACCUCCCACACGCGCACAGACUUAGACACCAAUUCUUUGGUCUAUUUCCUUGGUAGCUUUAUUGAUUGCCAGGGUAAAGAAAAACCAGAAAAUUAAUUACUCUCUAAAAUUAAACUUUACACUGAAUGUUCUUGUUUCUCUAAUUAGAACCUCUGCUAGCAGCUGUGGCUAUGUACACACACACACACACACACACACUCACACACUCACCCUCACACCUACGCAUUUGCACUCUAGAACUGUCAGAGGGUGUCAGGCACAGACAGGCUCUGGUUGCCCGGACAGGCACACAUGUGCAGUCACUCCCAAGCCCCCUUUGGUGCUCUGCUCAGCGCCUGCUUGUUGGAAGGAGUCCUCAGAGAGCAGGCACCCUGAGGCUGUGGUGGCAGCCCAUGGCCCACCCUUUGAAAACAGAUCUGGAGGUUCUGGAGUCCCUCAGCCUGAGGAGGAUGGGAGAUGGGGCUCAGCCUGGAGCCAUGAGUCAGGUCCUCGCGUGGCCUCCUGGGUGGAUGUGGUUUCUGUGGGUGUGGCAGCCACAGAGGGAUGGGGUCUCCUGGCGGGCACCUGGAAGGCUUCAUGUGUCCUGGGCACAAGGGCUUGUGGGGUGGGCGUGGCCUGGCUGGGAAGACAGGUCUCUGUCAAUUGGGUGCAUCACACUGUGGCCUUUCUGUCAUGGAUUUCCAAGCGCAAAGAUUGUACAAAUCAAACUGGUGGAAAAUAAAGUUUCGGAUGACU